AUGUCCGGCUUGCCCUCUCACAUCUUUGUUGUGAGACAUGGAAGCCGCCUCGACGCUGCCGACAACCAGUGGCACCUCUCAUCGCCCACUCCCUAUGACCCUCCUCUGACCUACGGCGGCUGGCUCCAGGCCAGACAGGUCGGUGCCCAGAUCCGCAACUAUCUCGAGCAGGCCAAGCUCGACGAGGCACCCCGUGCCGCGCCAUCCAAACCGCCCUCCACUCCUCCCCCAGAGCUCAGAAAGAAGCGCUUCCGUGUCGUCAUACACAGCUCGCCCUUCUUGCGAUGCGUCCAGACCUCGGUCGGCAUCAGUGCUGGCCUGGCGCAAUUGGUCCCCGAUUCCCCCUUCGCUCCCGCUGACCUGAUCGUCCCUGCUCCUCGCCUCCCGGGGAGGCCUGAGACCAGCUUCCGCUCCUCCAUUCUCCGCCUGGACUCGUACCUCGGCGAGUGGCUCUCUCCCAACUACUUCGAGAACAUCACGCCACCUCCCAGCUCUUCUCUCAUGCUCGGUACAGCCAAGGCCGACCUCCUCAGGCGCGAGGACUACAGCAGCUACACAGAUUCCUCGUCUUCCGCGGUGCAGACGCAGGCGCGGAAGGGCUCGCUCUGGAAUUCCUCAUCUGCUGUGGACCUUGACGCAUCCCCCUCAGACUAUCCUGCCCAGACGGACGACAAGAAGAACAGGGGAUAUUUCCCUCCCCGGCCGACGUUUUCCGUCUCAACUGGCGGGAAGAUCCCAGAGGGCUUCGUGGCUCACGCGCGAGACCACUGUGUAUCUGUCGACUACCAGUGGGACUCGAUGCGCGGGCCCCUGCACUGCGGAGAUGGCGGUACCCUCGGCGAGGAGUGGACAUCGAUGCACUACCGCUUCCGCCGUGGUGUUACGAAGAUGCUGAACUGGUACGCUACCACUGACUCGCCCGAGCAGAUGGUGACCAGCCCCGCUAGUCGUGCGAAGCUGGGGAAUCAGGGGCGGGACAAUGACGAGGAGGGCGAGGUUGUUGAGACGGUUGUUGUUAUCGUGUCCCACGGUGCUGGUUGCAACGCUCUCAUCGGGGCCAUUACUCACCAGCCCGUUUUGAUGGACGUGGGCAUUGCCUCCAUCACCAUGGCAGUUCGCAAGCCCAACCUAGACUACACCCAACUCCUCAGCGAUGCUCAAGCCCGGGAGGAAAAGCGAUACCCGGGUAAAGGGGGGUCGGCUCUCGUCCCAGUGCACGAGUUGUACGACAUACGCCUCUCUGCGAGCACGGAACACCUUAGGAAUAACUCUUCGACUCCCGUGUCAUCGCCUUCUUUCAGCAACAACGUCUGGAACAACGCUCCGCGGCCGCGCACGUCAACCAUAGGGAGCCCCGGGACGCCACUCAACCUCGGGGGCCCCAGCCUCAGUGCCUUUGUCUACUCGGACUCACCGGGCAACCGCAGCUCGCCGACAACCAGCACUUUCACGUCGGGAGCGCCUACACGACGAGACCCCCCCUUGCCACGCAAGGUGUCUCGCCCAUCUGUCUUGACAUUUGGCGGAGGUCCCAGCCCAGCCACCAGUAGUGAAUAUCUGGCAGGAGGCCCCUCCCCCACGCUGACCUCUCCAGCAACGGGCCUCUGGUCGCCGGCCCCCUCAUCGCUCCGGUUCAUGGACGACGCUAUCGACAACAACGAUGGCGGCGACGAUGACGACAGCUUCCCCGACUUCGAUCACAAGCGGUUCAAGAGCCCGACCCUGUCGCAGACGCCACGUGGCGACGCAGCAGAGGCUCCCUACUCUUUCACGAAGUCGACUUCCGGUCCAGUAUUGGCAGGUCCAAUCAAGCUGCAGACGAACUGGGACAAUGGCAGGGUCCCCGAAGAGGUGACGGUGCCCAAGACGGAAGCAGGGCUAUGGGGUCAGCCUACUAGGUCACUGGAGGAGCUAGACCCCAUGGUUCAUGACGGGGGGCAUAUCAAGCGGAGGUGGACCGUGACCGACACCCCCAGGUGA